UUAAGAGCAUACACAACCAUUUAGCUCCUUUGCUUUGAUUAGCUACCAGAGCUACUUCGCUAGAAAAUGGCAAAAAAUGAGCAAGAAACUUUUCGUUCAUAUGCAUACCUUCCCCCAGCUAACAUUUGGGGUUGCUCCUUUUCUUCAUUUUCCUCUCAAGAUUCGGAACUAAUCCAAUCAUACACCAAAGAGGUAGAAGCACUCAAAGAAACAGUUUACGACAUAUUGUUAAGAAAAUCUACAAGAGAGCUAAUGGACAACAUAGAAUUUAUCAACUUGCUGCACUGCCUUGGUGUGUCUUAUCACUUUGAGAAUGAGAUUGAAAACCAGCUGCAUCAUAUUUUCAUUGCUCUGCAAGAACAACUCGAUGAUGAUAAAUAUGAUCUCUAUGCUGUGGCACUUGUAUUUCGGAUUUUAAGACAACAUGGAUACAAAAUAUCUUGUGAUGUGUUCAAGAAAUUCCAGGACAGUGAUGGAGAGUUCAGCAAAAUCAACAUCAGCGAUGUGAAAGGACUUCUAAGCUUGUAUGAAGCUAGCUUUCUGAGUGUGCAUGGAGAAUAUAUUUUAGAUAAGGCACUUGCUUUUACAAGGAAACACCUGGAAACCUUAGCUGACCAAUCAAGUCCUCAUCUUGCAAAGCAUAUAAGGAAUUGUCUAUUGUGGCCAUUCCAUCAAACCAUGGAGAGACUGAAGGCUUUGCAGUAUAUUUCCUUUUAUGAAGAAGAUGAGUCUCGAAAUGAAACUCUACUCAAGUUUGCAAAGUUGGAUUAUAAUCGACUGCAAUUAUUGUACAGAGAAGAGCUAUCCUUGCUAUCAAGGUGGUGGAACGACAUGAAUCUUGUGGAGAAACUUCCAUAUAUGAGAGAUAGAAUAGUGGAAAGCUAUAUAUGGGCACUUGGAUCCAUAUUUGAGCCUCAGUUUGCUGCUUCUCGGCUGCUGAUUUCUAAGUAUGUACAAAUGACAACAGCAGUAGAUGAUACAUAUGAUGCAUAUGGUACACUUGAUGAGCUACAACGUUUUACUGCUGCAUUUGAAAGGUGCAAUAUUGAUGCUAGUGAUGAGUUACCAGAAUAUAUGAAAAAUCUUUACAAGGCUCUAUUGAAACUUUUUGAAGAAACAGAUGAUUGUGGCAAUGAAUACAAAACCUCUUAUUCCAAAGAGAUGUUAAAAGAACUGAUGAGAAGCUACCUAGUUGAGGCACAAUGGGUUAGUGAUGGAUGUGUGCCAGCAUUCGAGGAGUACAUGCAAAAUGGAUUAAUUGUAAGUACUUGUGAUUUCCUCACAUCGGGAUUCCUCCUUGGAAUGAAGGAUUUUGGGAUGAAGGAAAUUGUGUGGAUCCGAAGCAAUCCAAAAAUUGUCAAUGCUGCCAAGUUAAUUGGAAAUCUAAGGAAUGACAUAGUUGGUCAUGAGGAUGAGCAAAAGAGAGGAGAUUGUGCUUCAUCUGUGGAAUGUUACAUGAAUAAAUAUGGUGUCUCAAAAGAAGAGGCAAUUAAGGAGAUUAAGAAAAUAAUUGCAAGUGCAUGGAAGGACAUAAACGAAGAGUUAUUAAAACCGAGCCGCGUCUCAAGAAUUAUUCUCAAGUAUUUUCAUAACUUUACAAGCAUGUCAGAAUUUACUUUUAACUUCGUUGAUGCUUACACAAAUCCUUUUAGUAUGAAAGAUUAUGUCUCAAAGUUGUUGCUCGAACAAGUGCCAAUCUAAAAGUGGAUCCAGCAAUUGCAUAUGCUGUCUCAUCUUGGAUUCAUAUAUGGAAUACUUCACGUUGGGCUUUCUGGGCUGUGGUAGUAGGAUUUGUUAUAUAGUGUUGUGUUAAUAUUCGGUUUGUAUGCUUUUUUUUUCAUGUUAAUUUGGUUUGAUUUGAUCUAGGUGUAUGGUCGUUUUUUAUUAAUAAAAUUAUGAUUUUAGUGGUAUUCUGUUUUGCACAGAAAAUGAUAGUUUACAUAUUUUAGACU